CACAAAUUGUAUAUAAUAACAAAACCCUGGGGCAAUGUUGGUGUUGCUCAACACGCUUUAUGAUUAAUUCAAUCUUAUAACCUUCUGAGCUACAAACUAUGUGAAUUAAUAAAUCGGGUACUUAAACCACAGUAUUUGGCUCAAAUGCAACAGAAACAUUUUGUUUCCCUGUGUGGAUUUAUCUCCCAAGAAAAUAUUUCAGAUUAUAACAAUACUUGUUUUUACCAGCACAUAGCCAACUGAGCUUGGAUUAUUCUUAUGAACACACUUCUUAAGUUAUUAGCAUGCUGCACAAGCAAUAAUGUCUUGAGACUGGGAUGUAAGAUGGCAUUGCUUUGGUAUUUCCAUGCAACAGGUGAACUGCAGAACACUACAGAGUGACAGUAGACAUCACUCUGACUGCAUUUGAUGAACGAUCGAGUGGUAACAUCAAUGUAUAUAUGAAAACAUGCCUAAUUAUUCGUCAUUCUAAUGAAAUGCACAGAUUAAUGGCCAAUGAUUAGGUCAAUGGCCAUAAUAAGACUGUAUAGUGUGCAGAACAAGCACUGGCACAGUUGUUUCUAUUUGAGUUACAUAAUGUUUGAGAAAACACUAGUGAUAUGUUUCCCUCGAAGAAACUUGUGGCACAGAGUACAAUAGAUGAAGUUGUAUGUGUGAAAAGUACGAGUACUGUGUGUGUGUGUGUGUGUGUGUGUGUGUGUGUGUGUGUGUGUGUGUUCGUGAGAGAGACACACACAAAGGACCAUGUGAUUCCACUCAGGAAACAGUGUGUGAUAGUCAUCAGACACUGUGCUCUCACCACUACAGCUUGUUCUCUUUCACACACCUAACUGUUGUCCGGACCAGGAAAUACAACGAUGGCAUGCCAGUUGUGUGGUGUGCAAGCAUUACUGCAGUGCCAAAACUGAAAUCCACAUCAAAGUAUGUCAGCAUGCAUUUCAGAGAAAGUAGCAAAUUGGACAGCAUUCUGAUGUAUUGUGUUGUGUUGUCUAUAUUUCCUUGUAAGUGGUGCUACAAUCCUGCGGUUUUACAGUAUGAGCCAUAUGUGUGUGCAUCACAUGACAGACUUGAGGCAGUGCAAUGCAAUCCAAUACCAUGCAUGGCCUUCAGGAAAAUGAACCCUUUGUGAAGCUUCUACUAUUACGCUUUUAUCAAGAUGGUUCCAGAAAGGUAUUGAUUCAUCUCUGCAGCACAUUUUGAGGCUAUAUUUUGCAAUAUAUUCCAUAAUUCUAUCAGUUUAUAGACAGGACAAUGAGGCCAGGUGUUUGGUUGAUUACGUGUCGUUACUCUGAAGUUACUCUCUGUAAUUGUAAACAUAGACUGUACAUAAGGUUGCAAAUUACCAAGUGACGCAACAGCUCCAGACCCCGCCCACGUUAGAGCUACGUUCCUUAGCAACAUAACCAAACAAAUGCACCUCCGGCCUACUACUUGACUUGUUCGGAUAUAGUGCAAUAUGUCCAAGCCAAAAGUCAGGAAAAGGGAGACCUCCUCAAGUAGAGUCUCUUCAUCCGACCGACAGACUGAAGCAGCGUCCCUAGUAGCCUCCUCUGAGAGCCUAGCAGGCGUUUGGAGAUGCAGAUUUCCCAUUUGGCCAGAGUGGAAUGAUGCAGAAGUCAACAAGGAGAAAUGGGACUCGAGUAAAGGAGCUGAAGAUGGGAAGACGAACAAGAGUCACAAUGCUCCGUUUUUUGAAAAUCCUGAGGGGAAACUUUUACUGCCUCCAUCUUUAAAAGUGCACUCCUGGAAGCGUCCUACGGAGUUUAUUGUAAACAAGGUCCCUACCGUUGUUGAAAAUCAGAUCACCUUUGACCUAAUCUCCCCCAAUGAUCAUCUUAUUUGCAGUGAGCUGAUGAGGUGGCUCAUUAGUGAGAUCUGUAUUGUUCAGACGCUGCAUAACGGCAUAUUUACAGAAGAUUGUUGGAGACCUUGGGAGCACAUCUACUCGCUGUGUAAUGUGGUGAAAGGUCAUGUGCCUCUCUAUAACAACUAUGGGAAAUACGUGGUCAGACUCUAUUGGAUGGGUUGUUGGAGGAAGAUAACAGUAGAUGAUUCGAUGCCAUUUGAUGAGGAAAACAAGCUUCUUCUUCCUGCCUCCACCUGUCAGUCGGAGCUGUGGCCAAUGUUGUUAGCCAAGGCUCUCGUUAAAGUGGCCAACACAAAUGUAGUAUCUGAGGUCUACGGAGAGAUGGGCGAGUUCACCUUUAUCCACACCCUCACUGGCUGGAUCCCAGAAAUCUGUCCGAUAAAGUCUGUAUACCUGGGAAAAACGUGGGAUUUCUUACAAGACACCAUUCCCAUAUUCGCACACCCAGAUGAGAGUUUGCCGGAGACGAAGUCUCAGACUGCAGAUCAAGCUGCAGGGAGACGUUCCAGCUGUAAUGACAGCGAGAGUCAGCUGCCAGAGCCAGAGAAAAGUCAAGGUACCCCCGAGGUAGUGGUGUGUGCCAGCUACUACCCACUACAGCCACAUAACAAUUCCUUUGGGUUUGGACAAAUGGCUAAUUCCUCAGAGUAUCUUCGUCAGUACGGUCUCUCCUUGCUGCACAGCCACAUUGUUCUGUUGACAAGAACCAGGGCAUGCCAGCUGGAGGCACCACCCAAACCUCCACCUGUACCCCAAUGGAAACUCAUCCGCCCGCGGAAGGAGAUCGUGGUCACCGAUGAACCACAAAAGCUUCCUUUGUCAAAACCAGAGAAGUUCAUUGAGGUCGCCAGCCCUUUUCUCUCCUAUCCUGCUAAGAGCAGCGUCGACCGGAUACCUGAGUUAGAGGCCAUGCAGAGCGCCCAGAGGAAACGCUCCUACGGAUCCCCUCUGGUGUCCAUUGCCGAGAGAGAGGAGACCGAAUACAGAGUAGACAAAAUAGAGGUUACUGCAAAGGACAUGAAGAAGGACAAUGAUGACAUCUCCAAUGAUCAACCCAAAACUGCAUUGGAGGAGCCUGUAACUGAGGAACCCAUCAUGCAGAAGACCUGGAUGGACCUGAAUGACUUUGCUAAAUGCUUUCAGACACUCUUGGUGUUUCAUAAACCGCAAAUCUACCCACAUCAUAUCCAUAAAUCACAUUUUAAGAGAGCAGUCUUGUCCAAAACUGCAACAGGCACCAACUGUACUGGGUCAUCUACAGACUCCACUGGAUCCCUCCUUGUGAAAUCUACUGUAGCAAGCCCUGAAUGUCCAGAGGUGAGAGGCACUUACUACCUGUGUGUGGACAGCCUGCAACCUCUCCAGAUCCUCAUCAGCUUCUCUGCUCUGCUUCUCUGGGGAGAUGCAGCUGAAGAGAAAAAGGAACUGUCCGCAGCAUGUAGGUCUUCAGUUCUCAUCGCCCAGGCCUACUCCUGGAGAAGCCUGCAAUCUCAUCUGCCAGUACUUACCAUCAAGACCACCUCCUCAAAGGCCACCAUGUUUAACUUACCCCCCGGGCGCCAUGUCUUGUCCUUCCACACAAAGGCAGCACUGGGCUACCAUGUUCACCUUUGCAGCAAGACAUCUUUCCUGUUUGGGGAUGAAGAAACCAUCAUGUCACAACUUACCAAGGAAAGUGCUCGUUUCACUGACCAGGCUUCGUCCAUAUGGAGGGCCCUUUCCAGAUUGGUGUCUUCCUUUAGCGAUGAGCAGGACCAGCCAGCAGCCAGAAGAACCCUGGAAGAGGCUCACUGCCCCCAAAACAUCAACACCACCCUGGGAAAAGGGCAACACCGCAAGGUGUUUAACGCUGCAGUUUACAAAAUUCUGUUUGAGGCUCUGGGCAGGAAGCUGACAUCGGAGGAGCGCUUUGCUAUACUGGCCCUCACAGCUGACCCUUCACUCUCGGCCACUGACCCCAAAGAACACUCCCCUACAUUGGAUGUAGAAUCAAAGCCUCCAGAAAGCUGGAGAGACAGGGAGCCGACAGACGGGGAGGUCAAGGCAGUCACCAUUCUGCAGGCUGCGUUCAAAGGACGCUUAGUGCGAGAGAUCUUGAAUGCCUCAAAACCAGGCACAAAGGAGAAACUCAGUGCUUCUAAGAUCCUUUCAGACAUGUGGCCGAAGGUUGAACCAGAUGCAGAAAAACAUGCUGCCCUCUUGCUACGGUAUAUCAUUGAGCACUCUGAGAGGAGAACAGAGCUCUACCCCUGUCAGCAGGACGAAUGGACCAGAGUCACCUUCGCUGAUUACUCCGUCUCUCUUCAAGACACAGCCAACUCCUGGGUCUUGGUCUUUAGAGAGGUGUUCCUGGUUCAUAAGGAGAUGCAGCUAGUACCAAAGGUCUACUCCCCAUUCCCGAAUUGUCUGCUACACGUCAUAAACAAUGACACCGGAGAGGAGCUGGACAUGUUCUUCAACAAAGUGGCACCCCAUGUCUACCAACCCAACAAGCUUGGUUAUACCUUCGUAGCAGAGGCUGUCACACCCGAAUCCCCCCCUGCUGGUGCCAAGUGGAGGAUGCGCUUGAUUGGCGGAAGGGAACUCCUUCCAAAACUGUCCCGCGAGACUCCACUCAACACGUUCUCAGUGAAGGAAUUCAGGAAUUAUUACAUUCCCAACGCCAAAAACCUCAUAUGUCGUUGCACUGUGCAGGUGACUGCAGACGUCCUUGGAACAAUUCAGUUCCAGACUUCUAAGCCAGACGUAUUGAUCCGUCUGUCUGUUCUGGACCAGGAGAAGGUGGUGGCCGGCAAUACUGGCAAGGGUCAUGUGGUAAUUCCUGUGUUCUGCUUCCGGGCUAACGAAGCCCUUAAUUCCACAGAUGAGAAGAACCACAACCAGAGGGGAUCCCCCGCCCAGGGCAAGGGAGUCACGGUGAUGGACACUCCCCAGGAGAGAGAUGAGGAGGUCAGCACAGCUGGGAAAUCAGACUCCUCGUUUGACCAGUUCCAGCCUCCCACAGAGACUAUGGUUUAUAAGUACGUGGUGCAGGCAGAGGUGCUUCAUAAGAGCUGGGAUUUGGAUGAAUCUCAGCUGGCUUUUGUCCACAUGCUCAGAGGCUUGGAGAAGAAUGAAAUGAGAGUAUACAAGCUUGAGGACUUGAACCGUUCACCCACCACUGAAGCACCGUACCAUCAUGGGCACAAAUCUGGCGCACCCAAAGCCGGCCACAAAGGGGAAGUUGACAAGGAGAAGGGGAGGCCAGCUGCCAUCUCUAAAUCUGGCUCCAGUCAGGAAAUGAGGCUUGACCUGACUAAGGCGAACUGGACUCUGCGUGUGGUCACUGACAAGAGCGAAGCACAGAGCAUUGAGGUGUCGAAGGACACGGAGAGAAUGGACCAGAUUAAAGCCAUUAAAAAAGCCUGGGUAAUGGCUGAACCAGGCCGCUGUGCCAAGGCUUUACAGUCUCGUCUCAAGUUUCUUAACCAGCUCCAACCUCAAGCAGCUGAUGAAACUACUACAGAUGACGCAGAAAGCAAAGAGCCAGCUGCUUCCACAUCUGAUCCCGGCACCGCUCUCAGUCUAUCUAAUAAAAAGCUGACCAUGGACUACACUCCCUUCAUCAGACGCCAAAAGGAUGUUCCAGAGCUGAUGGACUCGCAGGUAGAGGAGAUCCAGCAGAGGGAGCGCUUAGAAAAGAUCCAGACUUACCGGUUGGUCCGAGACAAUGUGCUGGAGCAUCAGAAACAACAGGAGCUCAACAGGAAAGAGCUAAUAAUACAACAGCUGGAGAUGUAUGAGCACAUGCAGGCAGCCUUGGGGCAGCGCCGUAAGAAAUUCCAGGAUGCUUGCGAGUCAUUUAGUAGCCGUCAGAUGGCAGCCGUGAAAAAGGAACAAGAAGAGAAACAAGCUCUGGAUGAUGCUCAGCAGGCAGUAGAAAAAACAAAGGCCUCUUCUGCCAAAAAGCAGCGAAACAAACAGGCCAAGAGUGCUGGCAAGAAGAAAUGACACUAAGUUCCAGUUUCAAUUCUCCUCAGCAGACAGCUCUCAACAAGUCUGUCUGAACACUGAAGAUGCUUCAUUUAACAUAGCUUGUUGAUGAUAUAAUUUAUAACUUGAUGAUAUAAUACCAAAAGGUUGUUGUUGCACCUGAUCCAGAGCUGAAAGUGCUGUUGCCUUUUUUUUCUUUAGACUUUAUUGAAAUAUGAAACUCUAAAAAGUUAGUUUGUUAAUGUUUAUAAUGUUGUUUUCUUUUACCAAAUGUGUUCAUACUUUUACAACAUUUAUACUGUAUUCCUUAUCAUAUUAAAAAGAUAUAUUAUAUACCACACUAUAUCCUUCAUCUUUCAUUUCUAACCUGCAUUAACAGAGCCACGGCUCACCUACAAAAGCAAUCUUUGCAUUUUUUGUUCAUUUGCUUUGGAAAAUAUCAAGUAUAAUACAUUUGAAAAAAAUAAAUAAGGCUGUCACUGGCUGUGUGCAUUGUUCAUUGCACUG